AUGAUCGUCUUCUGGUUCGGAUUAUUUUGUUGGCCUACGGUUUCUGCAGGGAUCCUAGGGCUACGAGCUGGAGACAAUUGCACUCCACUUGGCGGAGGCAGAGGUAUUUGCAGGAUGCUUUCCAAGUGCGAUACCGUCGGAGACUUCAAGAACAAUCAUCCCCCAAUUUGCAACUUUAAUGGAAAGGAUUGGGAACCGAUUAUUUGUUGUCCGACGUACCAAACUCCUACCGUAGAGCCAGGUCGCAAGGUAAAGAAAAUAUGUGCUGAGCUGGAAAAAAUUUCUGUAUUUCACGCCCCUCUAACUAUUAUAAUUAAGGGAUUUGAAACACCAGUAAAGAUAGAUCCCUAUGAAUCAUUCCAGAUAGAUCCCUAUAAAUCAGUCCAGACUGGGGGUGAGGGUGGCGGAGGCGUUGGGGGAAUAGUGGUACCUGGUAAGAAACAUCCAUACAUGGCUUUGAUUGGUUUCUGUGGUACUGAAAAGACAUAUUGUGAUGAAAUAGAAGUAUCGUGGGGCUGUGGUGGAUCUCUCAUCACCCCGAGAUAUGUCUUAAGUGCUGCUCACUGUGCCUAUCCGCAAUUUUUAGGUCCUGCCAGGUGGGCUAGACUAGGAGAUUUGGACAUCAGUUCAUCUAUAGACGACGCUAUGCCAGUAAACAAGACCAUCGUAGAUAUAAUCGUUUACCCGGAAUACAAAGACAACCAAGUCUACCAUGACAUUGCACUCUUUAAAUUGGACAGUAAGGUUCAAUUUAAUGGUUUCGUGCUGCCAGUGUGCCUCCAAAGUGAACGCCAUAUACAGCAGACGAAGGCUAAUUUCACCGGUUGGGGGAGGACUGGAUAUGCUGAAGCCACUAGUGAUCAGCUUCUCGAAGCAGAAAUAGACAUUUACAAUAAUACGGAAUGUGAAAGGCUCAUGUUCAGUACUUACAGCACCAAAUCACCACUUGGCUAUCAGCCUGAACUCAUGUUCUGCGCAGGAGUUCCUGAUGGUAGUAGAGAUACAUGCACGGGUGAUUCUGGCGGUCCAUUGAUUACCUUUGGAACCCUUAAAAAACAGUGGUCCCUUGGAGCAGGUUUACGACAGAAACCCAGAAUUCAGAUUGGAAUAACGUCGUAUGGUAAUAACUGCGGGCUUCCGGAUUCUCCAGGAGUGUACACCAGGGUUUCCAACUACAUACCCUGGAUAGAAGAAGUAGCUUUUAAAGAUGUGAUAGUUUCUGACUAA